UAAGACUUAAAAUUAUGCGUUUGCGGUCAUAUACUUCUGUGAUAUCGGGCAACUUAACCAUUGAUAUGCCUGAAAAAUCCAAUCCCAUGCGUGGCUUUGGUCACUGGCGCUAGAUCAGGUAUUGGAAGUCAAGUCGCUGUAUCAUUUGCCAUGGAAGGGUGUCGGAGGCUCGCCUUGUUUGACAAAGACAGCACAGGUCUGAACGCUACUAAGGCGGCCAUCAAAACUGUAGGCGGAAAUGCAAAUCCAGAUGUGUUCAUCAGACACGUUGAUAAUCUUGACACCUAUGAAGUUGGCAAGAACAUGGAACUUGCUAUCAGGCAUUUCGGACGCAUUGACUAUGCCAUCAACUGUGGUGGUAUGUCUAUAAGCUGUUUUACUUUGACUCCUACUCACAAUGACUCUGGAAUGGAAUCUACGGCCCAACAAAGAAGAGUCAUGAAGAAACCCCUGAAGAGUUUGGUCAUGUCAUCAAUACCAACUUCCGUGGUCUGUGGCUGUUUGCCAGAGAAGAACUAAAACAUAUGAUCAGUCAAGAUGCUGGAGUUACUCAUGAUGGACGGCCUGGGUUUAGAGGUUCCAUUGUCAAUGUUGGAAGCAACCUUGGCCUUGUAGGGAAACUAGAAACUCGUAGAACAUGUUAUACCUCGAACAGGCUCAAAUUUUGAUUGACAGUUGGGACAGCGAUGUACAGUGCUUCAAAGGCAGCUAUCAUCAGUUUGACGAGAAGUGAUGCUAUCGACGUAAGUCGGACUAAUGGCUUGACCCCCCUACCUUCUUAUUUAACACACGCAGUAUGCAAAAGACCAGAUUCGUGUUAAUUGCGUUUGCCCUGGAGUUAUUGAAACUCCUAUGACGGCUAAUGUUCCAGAAGAUGACCCGGCCGUACAGACUGCCGUCAUGAAAAGAAAAGGAACCCCACAGGAAGUGACAGAUGCUAUUUUGUUCUUAUCUAGUCCUAAGGCUUCUUUCAUUCAAAGUGCUGCAUUGUCAGUCGAUGGGGGUUAUACUAUCAGUUAAGAGCAUUAAAAGAGAUCCAUGACAAGGGCACAAUAAUGAGCUGUAUUGGGGUAUCAAAUUCCUGUUUAAAGACUAAAAACAUCACUUUUCCCCAG